AUGGAUCAACUACCCAUUCAGCCAGCCACUCAGCCAGCCAUUCACUCAGUCACUCAGUCUGAUAUUCUGCAAGAGGAGGAACAAUACAGUAUAGAGAGAAUUGCGGAGACGGUCAGCAGCAGCAGUGACACAACAGGCCUGCUCUCCACGAUCUCACAUCAAUCCACUCAAUCAGCCACUCAGUCAGCCACCCAGCCCGAUACUCAGCAAGAGAAGAAGUCACUACAACAGGCAAAUGCGGAGAACACUACGGAGAACACUGCGGAGAAUCCUGCGGAGAAAUCAAGCGGCAGCAAGGCCCCCAUCGUCAAGAACAUAGCUCAGCUCUCCACAAUCCCACGUCAAAUCGCCACUCAGCAAGCGGAGAACACCACUACAAUUUGGCCUAUCAUCCCCACUGCAUUGAUAUGGUACAUCACUGCAAUGAGCACACAAGAGGAGGAUCUACUGCGACGGUCACAGCCAAGUCACUAUAACCAUGGCAAUUAA